ACUCUCGCAUUCGUAUUGCACUUCAGCACCCUGCCGCGGAAGUGGCGUUUAUGCUCUUUGUAUCGACUGCCUGCCAGACGCCAGCAAUAUGUCAGGAAACUGCAGUUGUUGAUACUUUCAUUAUAGUAACUAAUACAGCUUGCAGUUGGCUUUAAGCGUGGCGACGACCAGAAAACAGAAUGGCGCAGCUGGAGGCACCACCGCCGGAGGCAGCACCGCCGGAGAGUGGAGGCAAGGACCUAUCGCUUUCGGAAGUCCUUCUCAUCGAGCUGAGUAUCCUCAUCGUUUCCUUUGUGGCCGGUCGUGCGCUGGAGAGGAUCCGGUUCAAGUGGAUGGGAGAGGCGGGCGCGGCGCUGCUGCUUGGCCUGGUGGUGGGGCUGAUCAUGAAGGCGGGGGGCGUGGAGCACACCGUGGCACACGCGGUGGAGUUCAGGGGCGACAUAUUCUUCUACGUGCUGCUGCCCACGAUCAUGUUCGACGCCGGGUACGGCCUGGACGCCAAAGUCUUCCUACGCAACGUGGGCAGUGUGUGCUCUUACGCCUUUCUUGGCACCACCAUCUCCACCUUCGUGGUGGGACUCAUCAUGUGGGGCUUCGGGCGACAGGGCUGGUGCUACCAGAUGACGCUGCUGGAGAACCUGACCUUUGGCGCGCUCAUCAGCGCCACUGACCCGGUGACGGUGCUGGCUGUGUUCCAGCGGCUUGGCGCGCAGCCCGACCUGUACAUCAACGUGUUCGGGGAGUCGGUGCUGAACGACGCUGUGGGGCUGGUGCUGUUCCAGGUGAUCACCAAGUUCCUGGAGGGCAAGGCCGUGACCGGGCCCAACGUCAUGGCGGGCAUUGGUCUUUUCAUUGGCAUCUUCGCCGCCUCGGUCGCCAUCGGCCUGGCGGUGGGCUUCCUGGCCUCACUCAUUUUCAGGUCCCGGUUCUUCUAUUCGGGGGCGGUGCACGACCCCGUCACGGGCAAGGAGUUGGCGCCGGCGGGGAACAGCGUGUUCGAGGUGGGUGUGGCCGUCACGUUCGCCUACGGCGCCUACCUGGUGGCCGACGUGGCGCACUGCAGCGGCAUCGUGGCGGUGGUCACAAACGGCAUGGUCAUGAAUCUGUACGUGCGCCCCAACCUGAGUCACGAGGCAGAGGUCAAGAUCGAGUACCUGUUCAAAGUGCUGGCCGCCCUGUUUGAGCUGUUCGUGUUCUGCUACAUCGGCACCACGCUGUUCCUUGGGCCCCAGCACUACAACGUGUGGAGCUAUGCGGCGCUGUGCCUCAUCGCGCUGGCCGCCUCCCGCGCCGCCAACAUCUACCCCCUGUCACUGCUGGUGAACUGCCUGCGGCCCAUUGAGCGGCGCAUCACGCAGAAGGAGCAGUUCAUGAUGUGGUGGAGCGGCCUGCGCGGCGCCAUGGCAUUUGCGCUGGCGGUGGAGGCGGCGGACAGCUACGGCGACGCGGGAGAGGUCAUGAAGACGGUGACGUUCUACAUCAUCUUCAUCACCGUGUUGUGGAACGGCGGCUCGGCGUCCUACUUGCUGGAGGUGCUGCGGCUGCGCGCCACAGACCCGCUGCCCAACAAGUACGGCCGCGCCCUGGCCGCCAAGCACGAGGCCGACGUGGCGGCCAGCCGCGCCGUCGCCGACCUGCAGCGAGCCUCAGCAGCACUGGAGCGCAAGGCCCGCCAGCAGGCGCAGCAGGCGGAGGAGCGGCGCGGCGGGGGGAUCGGCGGCGGCGGCGCUGAGAUCGGCAGCGGGAUCGGCGAGUGGGAGGAGCAGACCGGCGGCUGCGGUGGCGGCAGCGGGAAUGGGUACGGCAGGAGCGGGAGCGGCAGCGGGAGCGGGGACGGCCCGGCGGCGCCGCCGGCUGCUAUUGUGGCGGCUGCGGCGCCGGCUGGACCGGAGUCCAGCGCGCCGGCGGCGCCGGCCAUGGUGGCGGCGGCGCCGCCGCCUGCUGCGGUGGAGGUGGAGCUGGCGGACGGCCCGCCGACGCGCGCCCGCUGGGCCGUACCCGGCGGUGACGGCGGCGGCGGCGGCGGCUCGUUCAGCGGCGGCGGUGGCGGUGGUAGUAGCAUGCGGCGGACUGGCUCGGUGCUACAGCGGCUGCGGACGAUGAACAACGGGCACCGAAUCGUCGGCGGGUUUGAGCGCAUGCACACCAAACUGGCGAAGCUGCUAGUGCACCCGCACGCGCACUCGCAACACGGGGCUGCCUCGCCCAGCGCACACACCCCAGCGGGGCCGCCCACCGCCGCCGCCGCCAUGGCCGUCGGAGCGGGGAGAGCAACCGUCAGCCUGGCUGGGGGCGCUGGCAGUAGCACGGCACCCGAGGCGGCAGUAGCGCCAGCUCCGGCGCCGGCGCCCGCGGCUGUGCAAACGCCGUCGCCGGCGGCGGCGCAGCAGCCGGCAUUGCUGCCGGCGGUGCCUGAGCACAGGUCCCCAUCGCAGGAAAAUUAGGAAUAUCGGAUGCAGAGAUGAGCUCGUUUAACUGCUUACAAACGUUGCGGUGUGCUCAGGUGAUGCUUUACAGCGAGGCGGGGGGAGGGGGGUUAGCCGUGCAUGCAAGUCGGGGCGGCGGCUGGUAGGGCCGCUCGUGUGCGGCGGUGGCGGUGGCGGGCAUCGAAGAUGCGGGCCGUAACCGCCCUCUAGCCCGUGCGUGAGGGCACACGGCAAUAGCUUGUGUGUCUGUUGGGGCCUCCAGUCUCUCUCUUUUUGUGGCGGCAAGUGUUAUCGACGUCACUAGCGAGGUGGCGGCGUGACUCUGGCGGUGAUCCAGCUGUCGCGCAAAGCCCUGGUCAAUACACAGUCGCACCGCCCUGACAGGACGGCACAGGCGUAGCGGCGCCAGGUGUGGUGGUGAUUUAUUGCGGUUUGGUCUGUUGUCUUGGCUUGGGCGCAGCCCACCUUUCCCUUGCCACGGCUUCCCUGAGGCCGAUGCAUGUAUGGAGGGCAGGUUGGGGCAAGACUGCGACUGUGCAUUGAAACGCCAUGCAGUUGAUAAUGAUAAUGGUAAGCUGCGUGCCGUAUUUUGGUAUUCAGAGUUGCGCUUGCUGUGCGGCGGCUUUAUUUUGCACUUGCGCUGCUUGAUGCGCACCGGUAUGCUUGGUCAGUAUCAGCACUGCGGGUACUGUGUCGUGUACGAAGCACCCAUGUAAGUUAGCUCAAGGCGUGGGGCGGGCACUGAGAGCCCGCCUGGCUGGUUGCUGCAGGUCGCUGCUUGGGCAAGUCUGAAGGUCAUGUGUACGGCGUGUGGUGACCGUCGGGCGCGGCUGAGCUAGGGUGAUAGAUGGUGCGGUCGCCACAACACACGCACACACUGUUGCACAUACGGCACGGACUGGAUUGCGCAUGACAAUCACUGCGGUUGCUUGCAAGACAACAGGGCAGCAGGGGAGUUGCCGGGGGGCUCUGAAUAUCUUGCUAGCCUGGAGCACUCGGCGGCGUCUUGCAUUUGCAUUCACACUAGCUUACAUUUCUAUGUUCAGGGGCCGCCUGAAAGCGUUGUGAGGGCGUAGUCCCGUACCGGUAGUGUGCAGCGUGUUCCCAUACCCUAACAUCUAACAAUCAAGUUGAGACGUCACGGCAUGAGCGCGCGGCUGGUUGAGCACUGGAGUUACUGUAUCGACGAGUCACUGGCUUCGCCUUGCUUGCUGGCGGGCUGUGACCGGGACGACCGGUUGGGGCCCGCAUCGGAUGGGGAGGACGACGGAGCACGAUGGUCCCAACAUCGACGUCGUUCACCAUGAUAUUGUGUGUGAAGUUGCCAGUGAAAACUUGCUUAAGCGUUCAUAUGUACAAAUGAUAGCCCUUACCUGUUCUUACGGCUGACAGUGGUUGGGCUCGUAACCCGCGAGCAUACUUUCCCACCCGAGGACGGGUCGAUGAAGGAUGACCACCAUAAAUAUUGCACGCAUGGUCCAGGCGCUGCCUGCCUUGGCGCUGUACUUGGUCUUCGCACCGGUCAUGAACGCAGUCUCCCUCCCGCGGGAAGAACGCGGGUGGAAGUAUGUAGGGGCCUCCCUGAAUAGUAGCGCCCUGCACUUCUUCCUGCGUGAUAGGUAAGUCCUGG